CUUUCGCUGCUGCAAAUCGCCCCUCUGUUUCAUUUUAAGCAUCUUUCUUCCAUCUUUCCUUGUCUGCCUAAGAUCUCACAGUUCCUUUAGUUUUUCUCUUUACAGUUUCCCCUUUCUCACUCUCACAAAAGACAUGGAUUCCAAAGAAGUUGCUCUCGAUUUGUUUCCCUACCUUAAAGUAUACAAAGAUGGAACCCUGGAGAGAGUCGCCGGAGUUGAAGUAGUUCCCCCAGGACUUGACCCUGAAACCAACGUUUUAUCAAAAGACAUCGUCAUUGUACCCGAAACCGGUGUCUCGGCUAGGAUUUACCGAUCCAACUUGGCUACUGAACAUCAAAAGCUUCCCCUUGUAGUUUAUUUUCAUGGUGGAGCCUUUUGCGUUGCAUCUCCCGCUUUUCCAAACUAUCAUAACAACCUCAACAAGCUCGUGGCUGAGGCUAACAUCGUUGCUCUUUCGGUUGGGUACAGGUUAGUCCCCGAGCAUCCUCUUCCUACUGCAUAUGAAGAUUCAUGGUCCGCAUUACAGUGGGUGGCUUCUCAUAAGGACGAAGAAGGCAACCACGAGGCUUGGAUCAAGAACUAUGCCGAGUUCAAAAACGUGUUUUUGGCUGGUGAUAGUGCUGGUGCGAACAUUGCACAUCACUUGGCUUUACGGAUCAAGGAGUCGAACUUGGGUCACAAGUUGCAGAUUCGUGGUAUUGGUAUGAUCCAUCCUUACUUUUGGGGAACGAACCCAAUUGGAUCAGAGAUGAGUGAUCGGUUGAGGAAAGAUUUAGUGGAUAAGUGGUGGUUGUACGUUUGUCCCUCUGACAAAGGGUGUGAUGAUCCGCUUAUUAAUCCGUUUGUAGAUGGUUCCCCUGAUCUCGCAGGCUUGGCAUGUGAUAGGACCCUUGUUAUUGUUGCAGAGAAGGAUAUACUGAAGGAUAGAGGGAUGUUAUAUUAUGAUGAGCUGGUGAAAUCUGGAUGGAAGGGAAAGGCAGAGAUUAUGGAGACAGAAGGUGAAGAUCAUGUCUUCCAUAUCUUUAAUCCUGAAUGUGACAAGGCCAAGAGCUUGAUCAAACGCUUAGCUUCUUUUAUUAACCAAGGCAAAGCUCCCGUCGAAUGAAGUGUGAAAGCUAUACUUGG